AAUAAAUGAACUCAUAAGAACUAACCAGAACUGAUGCAAAUCAACUAACAUAUCAAGUUAUUAACUGAAAUCCUAAAGACAUAACUGAUAUGAACAGAACAGGUCAGAACUGAUUGAGAAUGAACUGAUAAGAACUGAUUAUCGAGUUUGUAUUAAAGAAGAUGUCAACUCAAGUGCAGAAUUGCCAUGUCCCGAGGGGGAAAUAAAAUUUGUUUGUCAAAGCUCGGGUAGAUUUUUAAUAUGGCCUUCUCAUUUGGUUUUUCCGUUAAAGAAGGUACGUUAUGUAAAUUUUAUGCAUUACAUAUGACGAUACUUAUUUAUUUCAUUCAGCCUAUAGUUUUUACAUACUUUUUAUUUAUCUUCUUUUUCGUGUUAAUGUAUAACAAGGCUGCUGAUAAAUAAAUAACAAAGGAAUUCACCGCGCCAUCUCCACGCUCGCCAUCAUCACAAUCAUCAUGCACUCGAAAGUAUACGAUCACUCCAACUGAUAGGUUAAAGUUGACUUCUAAUUUGGUUAAAGUUUUCAAGGAUGUAGCUAUUGGAAUGAAAAAGAGCGGAAAAACCAAAUCCUUCACGAUCCCGGCUAGAGUGUUCCUAAAUGAGCAAUGUGUUAGCCUUGAUUAUGAAGACAUGCUUGAUUGGUGCUUUCAAAGAGAGAUAAGAUCAUCUCACAUGUUGAUUUUAAUGAUGCAUCUGAGUGAGAUGGUUCUCAAAGAUGGCAUCUCUGGGCUAUAUAGAUUUUGUGAUUGCACCUAUCUAUCCCCGCUAAGACGUGUGGAAAAAGAAGACGAUCGAUGUGACUAUUUAUAUAGGGUAUUUGCGUGCAAUGAUGGCAAAAAUAAAUAUCAACUAUUCUUCUUGCCCUAUAUAGAAGAUCGGGAUUGGAUGUUGGUUGUUAUUUGUCCAUGGAUUGCAUUGGUUCAGUGGUUAGAUCCACUUGGAGCACAAAAUGAACCUCCCGAAUUUGCUUAAACAAUAAUCAACAGG